GUAAAUCAAAUUUAAAACAAGAUUAAAUCAUGAUAUAUAAGUAUUCUUUAUUCACCUACAAAUUUAAGUGUACCAAAUUCAUAGUUAACUCUCUUUCUUUUUCAAAAUCUAGAAAGUGGUGUCCCAAUAAAUAAAAGUAAAAUCAAAAAACAGGAAAGAAAAGAUAGCCCCACGCAGCAGCUACAGUAGCAGUAGGAUCAGCUUUUAGCCACCCAAGCCCCAAACUAACUGAAACUGUCAGUUUACAAAAUUCCCAAAGUACCCUUUAAGCACCUUCUUUCCCUGCAAAAUGCGCACACAGUAGAAUUUCUGUGAAAUUAUUUGACAUCACCUCUCUUUCCUCUGCUCUAUUCAAUGUGAUAGCAUGUUUCUCACUUCACCCCCUCUGCAUUAACUACAUUUACUACUUUGCCACUGUUCACCUCCUCCUCCUUAUCCCAACAACAACAACAAAUAUUAAACUCUCCCUCUCUCUCUCUCUUUGUUGUUUUUCAAAUUUCGUGAACUUCGAAGUUCUUUUAUUUUUUAUUUUUUUGUUUUGCUUCUUCUUGAAUCCACAGGUUUCCUGUGUUUUCAUGUGUCUGUUUUCUUACAAAUUUUGUCGGUUUUUGGGUUAUUCUAAUGUGACGUUAGUAUUUGUUUAAGUAUUUAAGAUUCUUCCCUAUAUAAAGUAUUGUUUUGGGUUGAGUGAAAGGGCUAUACUUUUCAAAUGGUAUACAUAUUUCGAUGUAUACGUAUGGGAAUUUGCUCAUGUUGACUGUUGCGCUUCUUCUCUUUGUAUAUACUACAACAAAAGGUAAAUACUGCAGCAUUGUUUGCUGGGCCAUUUGAAAAAUCUUCUGCGGUGUAACGGCUUUGAUAAUUUUUGAGUGAUGGAUGGGAGGCGACAUUCCGUUGAUGUUCCCAUAUCGAAAACACUGGUUGCACUUAGAAGAGUGAAGUCACUUAGGGAUCCAAGCACGAAUUCAAUUAGCAAGUACUCUACAAUGGUUGAUAAGUUGAAUUGGGAAACACAUUCAAGUAAUGCUAUUACUUUAGGAUUUGAGAAUAGACAAGAAGUGCGCUACGAUGAGGAUAGUAGUGCGUUGAGGAAUAAUGGUUUCGUUUUGUAUGCCAACCGGGAGGAAUAUGCAGGGGAUCAGUUGGUUUCACCUCAAAUGGAGCCUUGGAAUGGUAAUGUUGAAAUGUCUAACGUACGCCAAACAAAUGAGGUACAAAGAGGAAAUAAAUCAGCAAGUAAAAGGUUAGGUCAUCCUCACAGCCGCAGGGAUGAAGGAAUGAUAAUGACUGGUACAACGCCUUCCAAUGCGUGGGAGGAGGGCAAUGGUUCAAGUAAAGAAUCAAAUGAAGGUGCAGUGCAGGCGAAAGAUGUAGUUCAUUACGCAACAAAAAGGCAUUGCAGACAGAAAAAACAUACUAGAUCAUCUAGAACAGCAGCUGGUGAUGUCUUGAGUCGUGUAGGUAGUCCUUACUUUUCGGUAAGUGAUGCUCCAAUUGAAAGUUCAAACCAUGCCAUUUCACUGUACGGUAAUGAAGAUGUUGACAAUGUGGAUUCUGAUCAUGGUGGAUGUGGAAUUAGCUCCUGCUGGUUAGGCACCCCCAAGUUUAGGGGAUCAAGUCCUCUUACAAAUAUGGAAGAGCGACCACUUCUGUCUGCAGGAAUAGGCGAGACACUCUUAGCACUACAAAGAAGAAGCUUGACACGAGAUAACAAUGGAGUUGCUUCACAUUCAGAAAGUCCUAGAAAUCUCAGUCAAAAAUUCAGGCCAAAAUCAUUCAGUGAAAUGGUUGGACAGAAUGUGGUCUCAAGGUCUCUGCUGAAUGCAAUCUCGAGUGGGCGGAUAAAUUCAUUCUACCUGUUUCAUGGUCCUCGUGGUACGGGAAAAACAUGCGCAUCAAGAAUAUUUGCAGCCGCAUUAAAUUGUCUUUCUUCUGAUGCCGAGAGACCAUGUGGCGUGUGCAGGGAUUGUGUUCUCUAUUUCUCAGGAAGAAGCAGGGAUGUUAGAGAAGUAGAUUCCUUGAAAAUCAAUAAAAUGGAGAGAAUUAGAAUGCUUAUCAAGAAUGCAGUGACACCUCCAGUUUCAUCCAAAUUUAAGAUUUUUAUAUUUGAUGAGUGCCACUUAUUGCGAGAGGAAACAUGGACAAGCAUUUUAAAUCACCUGGAAGAACUGUCUCGGCAUGUGAUCUUCAUAAUGAUCACCCCUGACCUUGAUAAGCUGCCUCGUGGCGCAGUGUCACGGUCCCAGAAGUACCAUUUUUCCAAAAUAAAAGAAGUCGAUAUUUCAAAAAGGUUGCAUGAAAUUUGUGAGGUUGAAGGAAUCGAUUUUAAUCAGGAUGCUUUGGAUUUCAUUGCUUGUAAAUCAAAUGGUUCACUUCGAGAUGGAGAGAUAAUGCUUGAGCAGCUAAGUUUGCUUGGGAAAAGAAUAACAAUGCCAUUAGUCUAUGAGCUAAUCGGAGCUGUCUCUGAUGAUGAGUUGCUGGAGUUGCUGCAUCUGGCAUUGUCAUCUGACACUUUGAAUACCGUUAAAAGAGCCAGAGAGCUAAUGAGAUCGAGAAUAGACCCCAUGCAAUUGGUAUCACAGCUGGCAAAUCUAAUAAUGGACAUUCUUGCUGGAAAAUGUCAAAGAAGUGCUUGUGAAGUCGAAGACAGGCUAUUCAGCCGACACAUUUCUGAAGCUGAGAAACAGCAACUUAGUCAUGCCCUCAAAGUACUCUCUGAGACUGAAAAACAAUUGAGGAUGUCAAAAAAUCAAACAACGUGGCUGACAGCUGCGCUUCUACAGUUAAACUCAGUGGGUUCUUCAGUCAAUGCCAAAGAUGGAAGUUUGUGCUUGAGAACGGUAUAUGAACAAGAUCCUGAUGGUCAUCCUUGUAGUACAUCGUCAACAAGUGAGAGUUUGAAGCACCUUACAAGUUGUGCUUGUGAAAGCAUGGAAUCUUGCAAAAGGGGAAUGCAGGAUGAUAAAGAGACUCUGGCUUCUAUAUGGUAUAGAGCAACUGAAAUGUGUGAAUCGAAUUCCCUUGCAAACUUUUUGAGAAGAGGGAAGUUAUCAUCAAUUUGUCUUAAGCAAGGUCUGGCUAUUGCUGAACUGGAGUUCUAUUGCCCCAAAGACAUAUCAAAGGCCGAGAAAUCAUGGAAACCCAUUGCAAAUGCACUUCAGCGAACAUUAUGUUGCAAUGUGGAGAUCAGAAUUAAUCUUGUACCCGGCUGGUUCCCCAAAAAGUAUUCCAGGGUGAAAAGGCUUUCUUAUAGACUUUUCAAUUGUUCGCUCGGUAAACCACAUUCCAAGAUGGAACGCUUAAGUGAGGCAUCAGAGAACUCUGAUUCUGCUUCUAAAAGAGUUAUAAUGGUGGACAAAGUUGUUGAAACGUGUUCCUCUGAGUGUUUAUCUCAAAACUCUCAAAUAUGUGGUAGAGAAAUUAUGACCAUAAGAAACAGUGAUGGAAAUGCACUAAGCAUUGGAUCAGAUACACCUCAGAUAUUGUUGACAGAUGGUUCCCUGCAAACACCUCAGUUAGAAUCUGAUUGUUUGAAAGAGAGAAGUACUUGCAAAUGCCGGGAUUUAUUUACCAUUGAGUCGGAGCAAAAAUCAAGCUGUUUUCCUAGAACAGUAGGACUUCUAAAGAGAUCAAGGUCAUCGAAUGCUUCUCAUAUGACCUUUUCGAUUACCCAACCACAAAGCAAUUUGGUUUUAUCCAUUCCCAACAAGACACCUUGUCAAAGCCACAUUCCUUGCAGCAGUUUAAAUGAUCACUCUUCUGGGAAUCUAGAUUUGCUUUGCAGCUGAGACAUCAGCAUGAUAAUCCGCCCCAAGAAUGGAUCCUACCUUAUUCUGCAGCAAACUAGCAACUGAAAAUAUAACAUAAACAUUGAAAACAAAUGAGAGUGCAAGAUAGCUUUCAUGAUUUAAGUAAGCAUUUUUUGUUACAUUUGGCACUAACAGAAGAAGUUCACCUACAUGGUCCCUCUCCAGAGAAAAUGUUGAAUUAACUUGGUGUAUAUACAGCAUGAAGAUAUCUUGGUCUCCUCUACUAUGUUGCUGGAUUUAAGCUAUGGUUUCUGUGGCCUAUAAAGCUAAUGUUUAUUUC